AUGUGGAACAAAGGAUUACCGGUGGCUGUUCUGCUGUUCAUCCUCUCCCCGUGCAUCAUGGUGCGCAGCGUUAACGGAGAUGUGAGCUAUGCUGUGUUAGAGGAGAUGCAACGAGGAUAUGUUAUCGGAAAUGUUGCCAAAGAUCUCGGAAUUAACGUGAAAGAAUUAUCUGCAAGGAGGGCUCGAAUUGACACUGAAGGUAAUCGUAAACGUUACUGUAACAUUAAUCUAGCUACGGGGGAAUUGACAGUGGCUGAAAUAAUGGACAGAGAAGCCCUUUGUCGAGAAAAGCUAGCAUGCAUUUUGAAAUUUGAGCUGGUGCUAGAAAAUCCAUUGGAACUUCAUAAAAUUACCGUUGACCUUCAGGAUGCCAACGAUAAUUCGCCAGUCUUCCCCAAAGAAGUGAUUAAAUUAGAGAUACGAGAAUCUGCCGAUAAGGGAGCGCGUUUUCGCAUGAAUGGGGCACGCGAUGCAGACAUAGGAAAGAAUACGGUGCAGAACUAUAUGCUGGAAAGGAAUGAACAUUUCAUUUUGACUGUGUCGUCAAACAAAGACGGAAGGAAGAAUCUUGAAUUAGUUUUGGAUAAAGAGUUAGACCGUGAGCAGCAGCAGGAGCUAACUUUAAUUCUCACUGCUAUUGAUGGCGGCAUUCCACCCAGAUCAGGCAGUGUUCAGAUACACGUCACUGUACUGGAUGCGAAUGACAAUGCUCCAGUGUUUACCGAGCAGGUGUAUCGAGCUAUUCUGCCUGAGAACUCACCAGUGGGUACAUUAGUGUUAAAAGUUAGUGCAUCUGAUUUAGAUGAAGGAAUAAACGGAGAAGUGACGUAUGAGUUUAGCCAGAUUUCACCAUUAGCAGAACAGGCAUUUGUACUGGAUUCUAAAACCGGUGAAAUUAAAGUGAAUGGACCAAUAGAUUUUGAAGAAGAAUCAACAUAUGAGAUACAGGUGGAAGGAAAAGAUGGAGUUGGUUUGUCUUCAGACACAAAGGUCAUUAUUGAACUUACAGAUGUGAAUGAUAAUGUGCCUGAAAUAUUUCUCAAAUCACUAAAUAGCCACAUUCCCGAGAACGCACAACCAGACACAGAAAUCGGCAUCAUUAAUGUGCAAGAUAGAGAUUCUGAGAGUAACGGAGAGGUCCGCUGCGUCAUUGGGUCAAAUGUGCCAUUUAAACUUGUCCCGUCCAUUAAAAAAUAUUAUUCUCUUGUGACCACUAGCAAAUUAGACCGUGAGGUGGAAUCUGAUUAUAACAUCACCAUCACUGCUACUGAUGAAGGCACACCAUCACUGUCAUCCUCUAGAACAGUGCAUUUAAUUGUAGCUGAUAUUAAUGACAAUCCACCUGCUUUCCUGCAACAGUCAUACAGAGCGCAUAUUACAGAAAAUAACAAACCAGGUCCCCCUAUAUGCUCCGUAUCUGCCACAGACCCAGACUGGAGACAGAAUGGCACCGUGAAUUACGCACUAUAUCCUGGUGAUGUAGACGGCACUCCAGUGUCCUCUUUGCUAUCCAUUAAUGGAGAUACAGGUGCCAUUCUCGCACUGAGGUCAUUUGAUUACGAGAAGUUGAAAAGUUUCAAGGUCCAAGUCAUUGCCCGAGAUAACGGGUCUCCUCCGCUCAGUAGCAAUGUUACUGUCAGCGUUAUGAUAGAUGAUGAGAACGAUAACACACCGCAGAUCCUUUACCCAGCUGCUGAGGGCAAUUCUCUCAUGACCGAGAUGGUGCCCAAAGCUGUGCAGGCGAACUCUCUGGUCUCCAAGGUCAUUGCCGUGGACGCAGACUCAGGGCAGAACGCGUGGCUUUCUUAUCACAUCGUUAAAGCUACUGAUCCAGGACUUUUCACAAUCGGCACCCACAGUGGAGAGAUCAGGACGCAUAGAGACAUUUCUGAAAACGAUGGCAUGAAACAGAACCUGAUUGUCUCCGUGAAGGAUAACGGACAGACACCUCUAUCAGCAACAUGCACCGUGUUUUUACUUAUUUCAGAUAAUUUAGCGGAGAUCCCCGAGCUGAAAGACUCAUUUCAGGAUACUGGAUCUAAACUAACCACUUAUUUGAUCAUCGCGCUGGUGUCUGUUUCUACUUUCUUCCUUACUUUCAUCAUUAUCAUAUUGGCUGUGAAGUUUUGCCACAGGAGAAAGCCCAGACUAUUGUUUGAUGGUGCUGUAGCCAUUCCCAGCGCUUAUCUCCCUCCAAAUUACGCAGACGUGGAUGGCACUGGAACUUUGCGCAGCGUCCGUAGCGCUUAUAAUUACGACGCGUAUUUGACUACGGGAUCGCGCACCAGUGACUUUAAAUUUGUGAGAUCCUACAAUGAUGGCACCCUUCCUGCUGAUAUGACUUUAAGAAAGACAUCCUCCCAAGAUCCGUUCGGACCAUGUGAUGAAACAGAUUCCACUCAGGUCUGA